GCUGAUGUUGAUGGAGAUGGGACUUUGAAUUACGCUGAGUUUGUUGCUGUUUCGGUGCAUCUAAGAAAAAUGGCCAAUGAUGAACACCUACACAAAGCCUUUGCAUUUUUCGAUAGAAACCAAAGUGGUUAUAUAGAGAUUGAAGAGCUUCGUGAUGCUUUGAGCGAUGAAGACGAUGCUAAUAACGAGGAAGUUAUCACCGCUAUCAUGCAUGAUGUCGACACGGAUAAG